GAGAAUUGAAAUUGUGAUUUUAAAAGUAAAGGUCUAAACUGCCUGGUAGAGCGCUCAGGAACGUUAAAAAUAAUAUCAGAUAUGAGAGAAGGACUACAAACAGACUCAUUCAUGAGUUUUACAAGAAAUAUUAUACCAAGCAUUUCCCUACGACUAGCGAGCGUAGGGAGAUUUAUAAGUUUUAGGCGGGUAUUGUCACUUGCGAAGCGAAUUUAUUUGGCGAAGCGAACGCUUUAGCGAACAUACCCCAAUUUUGCAUUGUGAAUGGCGAAUGAACGUAUUCGCUAAAAUACGUCGUUGCCAUUCAUGAAAAAAGUAGUGCGUUCAUCCGAAUUUGACAUUUGUGCCAUUUAUACUUAAAAAUUUUUUUAUUAUAUCAACUGAAAUUUGAAAAUAUGUUUAAUAACGCGGAUCUGUAUUUUGAAGAUAAUUACGAUGUGGAAACGCGAACUAAUCUUCUUCGACAGCGCCGUUUUAUUAGAGAUAAUUCUAAUCCUACAGAGCUACCUAACACAGUAUUCGUUGCGAAUUUCCGCUUGAACAAGGACGCAUUUAUGUAUGUGCUGGAUAAAAUCAAAGACAAAUUUCAUUGUCGGAUGUCGUCUUCCAUAACGCCCAUGUUAAAAUUGUGUGCCGCACUCAGAUUUUUUGCACAUGGCAGUUACCAACAAGCUAUAGGGAAUGAAUUUCAGUUGGGACUUGCUCAACCAACAGUUUCCCUUAUUUUAAAAGAGAUCAUACCCAUUUUGGAAAAUGAAAUUUGUCGUACCCAUAUAAGCGUAGAUAUGAGUGAAGAAGAAAAGCAGCAGGCAAGGAGCAAAUUUUAUUCAAGAUCGGGAAUACCAAAUGUAAUAGGCUGCAUCGAUAGAACCCAUAUCGCGAUUUAUGCUCCUACCACAAACAAACACCUCUAUCUAAACAGAAAAGGAUUUUUUAGCAUAAAUGCAAUGAUUGCUUGUGAUCAUGAUAUGAAUAUCCGUUUUGUGGAUGCUAGAUAUGCUGGUUCUACACACGAUUCGUUCGUAUGGAACAAUAGUUCUCUAAAGGCAUGUUUAGAGGCAGCGCAUCAAAAUGGAGAUCAGAACUCUAUUUAUUUAGGUGACUCCGGAUACCCACUAAGCCCUUAUUUAUUAACACCUUUCCGUCAUGCAGAAUCUGGAACUAGGGAGUCAAUUUUUAAUAAGAAGCACGCGAAAGCGAGAAAUGUUGUUGAACGUACGAUUGGAGUUUUGAAAUGCCGUUUCAGAUGUCUUCUGAGUGAUAGAAAAAUGCGCUACGAUCCUGCUAAAGUAACAUCCGUUAUUAAUAUAUGCUGCGCCUUGCACAACAUUUGUAAAAAAUUUAGAAUGGGUGAUCCGGAGGAGGCUGAAACCUUCUUUGAUGCCGUUGUACCAUUGGAACCAAUUAAUGAAAAUGGCAAUGGUUCACCAGGAGAGCGCCGCAGAAGACAAAUUGCUGAUGCUCUGAUGUAA